AGUGUCUCCAUGACAACGUUGACUAUGAAGCGUUUGUGAGUCGUUAGUUUCCGACCGUGCGGCGAUUUAGGAAUCCACCUUCACCAUGGAUUCAUCGUGUGUGGAUUCAACUAUUCGAUUCACUCAAUAGAAACACUCCGAGGAAAGGCUAUAUAUCUCGCUUGUGCUAACGUUAGCCGCGAGCUACCAGACGCCUAACAAGUGCACCAUGCCCGACUGGUGUAACAUCGACACGGGAGAGGCUGUGUACCGGUCUCGAGAUGCUAUUAAAAACUUAAAGAUUAGCGUGCGUGUUGAGAGGGUGACCUCCACAGCAACCCUCUCCCAGCAUCUGCAGCAGCAAGUUUUGUCCCAAGAAGACCGAGGGGCCAUUGAGCUGCAGACCCUAACCUCACAAAGCCCAGCAGGUGACAAUGAAGAGGAGCUUGUCAUCGGCUGGCAGGAGAAAUUGUUCAGUCAGUAUGAAAUGGACCUGUUCCAGAAUGAGGCCGCAUGUCAGAGCCCGUUGGACCGGCAGUAUCACGCAGAAGUCACGGCACUUAGAAGAGCAAAAGGUCGUCGCAACCUCCGGAUCUUCACCUACACAGAUCACGACCGCUACACGAGCUGCCACCCAUUCCAUCAGCUGCAAAACACAGAUCUUCUGAACACCAUCAAGUCCACCCCAAGCUUCCUGGCUGAGCGUAUGGCCAAUGUGAGACAGAGACGGCAGGAAAGACGCACCAUGGACUCCAAUACAAAGAUCAUCAACUGGGAGCCAACAGAGGAGUUUGUGCGUAGCAGUCAUGUGGUCAACAGUGUCAUGCAGACCAUGCACAUCAUGGGAGACCUGGGUCCACCGGGAGGGUUGGGUUUAAAAGAGAACGAAUGUUUGUUGCUGACAAUCAAGACUGAUGGAAAUGGAACCGUUAUUGUGAAGCCAGAUUUCAACCAGGGCAAAGAACCCUACAGGAUCGUAACUGCAGGAGAGAAAAAAGAAGUGUGGCGUCUUGUGGUGGAGAACGUGUCUCCUGCGAUGAAGCCAGAAGAGAAGGAGCGAGAGCAGAACAUGUACAAAGAUCUCUAUGUGAGACACAAGGAGUAUCUGAACAGUCGAGUGGGACAAGACUUUGAAAUGCCUCCUCCUGGUGUUCUACGUUACGUCAUGAAUGGUGAGAUAGUUUCAGCUAAAGGCUUUGAAUAUGACAACCUGUACAUCCACUUCCUCAUGGAGCUGCCCAGCAAUUGGUCCAGCUUACCUCUCCAGACGCUCUCGGGGGUGACACAGACCUGUCGCACGAGAACGUUAGGAAAGGACAAUGUUGCUUUCUUCAGUUUCCCUUUCAACUUCGAGGCAUUUUACAUGAGUGAAAAAGAGAGUGACGGAGCCAUUCUUCAGUGGCCUGUGUUGUAUUUCAAGGUUCUUUCCCUGGACUCGUGGCACCGAUAUCGGACUGAAGGCUACGGAUAUCUGCUCUUCCCUGCUGUACCUGGUAAACACACAGUAACGUGCCAGACAUGGAGACCCCUUCAGUCUGGGCCUGUCUCUGCCCUGAGACGCUUUUUCAUUGGAGGAUCGCCAGAACUGGAGGACAUCAGCUACGUCAGGGUUCCAGGGACUUUUAAGGGAGAGCGGCUGAGUCGCUUUGGAUUUUCUACUGAAACAACAGGAAGUGUGACCUUUAACCUCCACUGCAUACAACAAGCAAAGGCUUUUGUUGAUGCUACCAUGAUGAAGAAUCGGAGGCAGAAAGUGUACGACCAGCUCGGGGGAUUCAGCCAACAGGGCGCGGUCAGCAGCAUUCUGGAGGCAUUUCAGAGGGCCAGACAGAAGAUGCAAGAGGCCAGAGAAAGUCUUCCCAGAGACCUCAUCCACAGCUCCACCCAAAUCCAAUCUGAAUAUUCUGCAUAAAUAUGCUCACGUAGAAACAGCUGUUUUCAAGAAAACAGCUGUUUCUAUGGCUCACAUUGCUAUCACAUGAGAUAUGUGGGCAAAGCGUCGCACAUUUGUAUUAUGAUGUUGUAUAUUUGUACUUUUUAUAUUGUUGAAACAGUGUUUUUUAUAUAAUACUGGUGUUUUAGAAUGUCAAUAAAUGUUGUA